AUUUUGUUGUUCUUGGCGUCCCUGGUUGAGUCUCAUCAGAAUUCAAAUGUCUCUUCAAGUUUCGUUUUUCUGGCAUGAUGAUUUUGUAACUGUAUUAUGACAGUGUCUGAUCAUCAACUGCAUCCGUUUCGUUUUUCACUUUCAGCCAAUCAGAGCUGCGGACGUUCAUCCGACGUCCGUUACAUCUGAGCUAGGGCAGAUGCAACAGGUUGCAGGUUAGGUCAGUUGCGUGAAAGCAGGUUUGCAGGUUAGGAGGAUACAAUGUUUAAAUUCGCCGUCUACUACUUGUUUGAUAAAACACUUAAAGUGGAAAGUACGUCGGUCAUUCUUGGUAGCGACCAGUUCACCCAAGUGGCAUCCCAGCCGGACUUAGAUGACGAUGCGAACUGGAUUGAAAUAAAAUGGCCCACGAGAAAAGAAACAAACAGGAUGGUGCCUGCUAAGGUGCUGUUAUUUGGAGAUUCCUACAAAGAACUUGUGUCGAAGAAGAAUUUAUUCCUUCUCGGUAAGGAUAUCUGGGCCAAGGAAGAAAGCAGGGGUGUGCGCAUGAAAAAGAAGAUGUGUGAGACCGACGUAGUGAAGCCUAAAACGUCCCAACAGGCAGAGCAAACCAGGAUUAAAGACGCAGCCAGGGACCAGGUGUUACAAAACCUGAAGACUUGCCUGUCUCAGAAAAGGGCCCUGGACACACAAGAUCACCUCUACAGUUCUGAGAAUGAAUCUCCACAACGUGUUCAUGGGGGAAAGCGAGCAAAGAUUAACAAGGCAGCAAGACGUGUGCUUUUACCCCUGGCAUCCAGUCUAACUUCUGAUGACGCUACAUCCAUAGGAAGUCCACAACGGCAUGACAUUUUUCAAGACCAUGCCUCAGAUGAAGAGUUGGGUUUCUCCCAAGCCCAGAGAAUGAAGCUGAUGGAUGAUAAUACUGGUCAUGGUAUGGCACCUGGAAUGAAUGAAAUCAUGUCAUGCCUUCAUGACCUGCCAGAAAUGAUUAAAUUAAUGAGGGAGUGUGUGGAGUGUGUCCGGGCAUUGAUGUCUUCUAGAGAGACCCCUUCAUUUGCAGCGUCAUCAUCUUCUGUGGACGGCGAAAUUGAAAUGCACCCCUUGGCAGGCAGCACAGUGACCGUUUCAAAGAGGGCUUUCCUGCGGCUGAAUAGAUCUCGCAUGACCAUUUUUGCCCAGGAGCUGGCUGUCCUGGUAUUCACAAAGGAGGGCCUUGCACAGUCCACCCUAACUGGAAAGUCUCGGAAGGGGGGGCCGCCAAAAACACAGCUUGAUGUUGACAAAGUGCAGGCUAUUACAGAUGCUGUUCUUCUGGAAUUCCGACAGACCACUGUCUCUGAUGUGCGUGCGGCCAUCAGACGAAAAUGCAAUAAUGAGCAGUUCAGCCAAAGAAACACACACCACGCAUAAUAUGUGGUGUGUGUUUCUGUAUGGUGGGAGGGGUUAGGCAGGAAUGUUAAGGAAUUAAGGAAUGUUGUCUUUCAUUGUUAUUUCUGUUGUGUUCUGUUAAGUUUAUGUGAAAUGUUUAUUCUGCUGAAAUGUUUAGUUCUGGUCUGCUGCCAUAAUGUAAGUGUUCAUACAUUGGUUGUAAGUUUUUUGUAUGUACUAUAUGGUACAAAUACAUAAAAAUAUAUUUUUUCACAUGGAA